AUGUCGAACCUCGCCUCCGCCGUUUUCGCCGGUGCCGUAGGGGCUGCGGCGGCACACUACUUCCUGUCGGCCGGCGCGCGCAAGCGGCCGCGCCUCGAGCCCGUGUCGACUUCGCACGCCUCGCCGGCGGCCGGGCACUACUCGCAGGCCGUCAAGAAUGGAGGCGAGGUCUUUGUGUCUGGUCUCUUGCCUAUCAUGCCCGAUGGGACCAAGCUGUCGGGAAACACGUUCGAGGCGCAGGCGACUCAGGUGCUGAGAAAUCUCGAGGCGAUUCUGCACGAGGCUGGCAGCGGCCUCGACCGCCUCAUCCAGGUCCGCGUCUACAUCACGGACGUGAAAAACUGGGGAUUGUUCAACGAGAUGUACGCAAACAAGCUGGGUGCGCACAGACCUGCGCGUUGCGUGGUCCCCGUUCCCGAGCUGCACUUCGGGCUCCUGCUCGAGGUGGAGGCGGUGGCAGCGCUCUAA